AGCUUCACUCGAUUCCAGAAGAAAGUCCGGAAGGCCAUACCUGCCGCCCCGGUUCUGGGGCGAUAACCCAAAACCCCAGCGCAUAGCCGCAGCACUCCUCGUUUCUUCCUGCAGUUUCCAGUGUUCUCGCUCGGCGGCCCUGUCCAUGCUCGCCUCAAUCUGUAGCCGACGACUCCACUACCAGCCCGCCAGGCAGUGGCGGAAGAAAAAAGAAGCGAAGAGGGGCCCGGUGGAAGGCUUCUGGCCGGGGGGAUUAGUUUUAAUGUUUGGAGCCGUCGUCGCGUGGGUUUUUUAGCGCGUCAUCCGUUGGCCUCUUUCAGUCCAGACAAUGGAAGAGCAUUUCACAGUCAUCUUAUUUUGUUUUUGCAUCUCCGACAUCUUUCACCUGGUAAGAAACCGAACAGCUACGGCUACUGUCACCAACGCCUCACUCGUCGUUAACCACCCCUGCAACACUCGCGACCACUUCCCGCCAGUACAACUUGUCACUCAUCAACAACUCAUCUUUCAAUGUCCACGUCAUGAUGCACGCAUCGAAACAUAAGAUGGGUUUCUCCGACUUCAGGGACGCUAUACUUAUACAGCCGCCUUCUUUCAAGAAGAAGAAGGAAUACGUGCUUGAAGAAUUACUAGGCAGGGGAGGAUUUGGCAAAGUUGUCAAGGCUUUGUGGGCGCCGCCUGAAAGGGAACCAAAAGAGGUAGCGCUAAAGAUAAUCAACAAGAAGCUAGUUAAAGGCAAUGAACAAGCCGUUCUCGACGAAAUCUCGGUUCUCAAGCAUCUCGAUCACCCCAAUAUCGUUCACGUAUGGGAUGAUUUUGAGUCGCGCGACAAGUAUUACAUCGCAUUUGAGCUGGCUGUUGGUGGUGAAUUGUUUGAUAGGAUUUCAGAAAGGGGCAAGUUUACGGAAAGAGAUGCUGUGGAGUGUAUCCGACAAGUCCUCCAAGCGACCGCCUACCUACAUGAGCACAAUGUUGCGCAUAGGGACCUCAAACCAGAGAACAUCCUAUAUAAAACCCGCGAUGCAGACUCUCCCUUGGUUAUUGCCGACUUUGGUAUCGCAAAACACCUCGAAACGCCAGACCAGGAGUGUUCGGAAGCGGCUGGUAGCUUUGGGUAUGCGGCCCCGGAGGUGUUGCUAGGGAAACCACACGGGAUGAAGGUGGAUUGCUGGAGUAUUGGAAUCAUUGCGUACACAUUACUUUGCGGAUAUCCUCCCUUCAGGUCGGAUGAUAGAAAUGGCUUGUUGCAGGAGAUGACGCGAGGAAGGAUCAUGUUCCACGACCGGUACUGGUCAAAAGUAUCGCGUACGGCGAAGGAUUUUGUGAAGGACAUGUUAGAAACAGACCCUAAGAAGCGAUCCACCGCUGCCGAUGCACUCAACCAUCCCUGGUUGACGUCUGGCCAAGCGACUGAAACUGAUCUGUCUGCUGCCAUCCGAGACAACUUUGAUGCAAAGCGUAAAUGGAAAUCUGCUCUCCGCAUAAUUCAAGCCUCAAACCGAAUCCGCUCUGCAUCCCGUUCUCGCUCCCCUUCCCUGUCCACGAGCCCCCCUUCAACCGCCAACACUGCCAACCCUUCUCCAAACUCCGCCUUAUUCGUUCCCGAGGUACCACAUGUUCUCACCCCGCUGAGUAUGACGGAUGAAGAUCCCAUGAGUGAUGAACACUAUUACUUUUCCGCGGAUGAUCAGGGCCAUACAGAAGAAGAAGAGGAAGCAAAGGUAAUGACGAGGGGAGGUAAGAAGAAAGCUGGUAGUAUGCCUGUUGGUUCCGGCUCAGGUGUAACGACGGGGACAGUGACGCCAUAUACCACUGGGAAUGAAGGGUCAAACACUCCGAAGCCCACAAUCAAAGUCAUUGAUGGUAACGGAGAAUUGCGUCCAGAAGAGACUGAUAUGCAAACACCACCGGCUACUGCACCCGUGGGUGCGGGGAUGAUGGGUAGUAUACGAGGAAUGAUGGGCAAGUUGAGUUUAUGAUUUUCCUCUAAAGACUCUUGGGGAGGGAAUGGAGCGAGAAAAAUGUUUGUAACGAAGACGACGGAAUUUGAAGUUGAAUUUGCGCGACCCAGCCUGUUACAUCUUGGGGAUUUAGACUAUUGUUGUAUCCAGUUUCUUUGAUCAUGCCGUCCGGAUAUGGGAUCACCUAUACAUGUAUCGUUGUAUCCACCG